CCCUAUACGCGUCCAGUCUGAGAUCGACAGGGAUAGGCAGCAGGAUGUGGCUGCCAUUCCCGGUGCUGCUCCUGUCCGCUCUGCCCGCAGCGGUGCUGCGCGGGGCUGCCGGCUUCACACCCUCUUUGGACAGUGACUUCACCUUCACGCUGCCGGCGGGCCGGAAGGAGUGCUUCUACCAGCCCAUGCCCCUGAAGGCGUCGUUGGAGAUCGAGUACCAAGUUUUAGAUGGAGGAGAAUUAGAUAUUGAUUUCCACCUUGCCUCUCCAGAGGGCAGAACCUUAGUUUUUGAACAAAGAAAAUCAGAUGGUGUUCAUACCAUAGAGGCUGAAGAUGGUGACUACAUGUUCUGCUUUGAUAACACAUUCAGCACCAUUUCUGAGAAGGUAAUUUUCUUUGAAUUGAUUCUGGAUAACAUGGGAGAAGAUGUUCAAGGACAAGAAGACUGGAAAAAGUAUAUUACUGACACAGAUGUCCUCCAGAUGAAACUAGAAGAUAUCCUGGAAUCCAUCCACAGCAUCAAGUCCAGACUAAGCAAAAGUGGCCACAUCCAAACUCUGCUUAGAGCAUUUGAAGCCCGUGACCGAAACAUACAAGAAAGCAACUUUGACAGAGUCAAUUUCUGGUCUGUAGUUAACUUAAUGGUCAUGGUGGUGGUGUCAGCUAUUCAAGUCUAUACACUGAAAAGUCUAUUUGAAGAUAAGAGGAAAAGUAGAACUUAAAACUUCAACACAGCCCAGCUUUUGUCUUGUUCUUAAUUGUAUAAAUUACUACAGUAGUUUAACAGAAGUUUAGAAAUCAUCGUUCUGAGUUGCAUUUGGAUUGUGUGCUCUUUUACAUGAAUGUCAAUAAACAGAGACUAAAUAAGUGAAGAAAACAUUGUUGAAAUAUAAAUCAAAGUAUACUUAGGAAUCAUAUUACCAUUAAACAUUAUAAUGUCUUAAAAUUAGUUAAAAAAAAAAA